AUGACGCGAGAAAAACCAAGCGUGGCAGCCAACGACGGCGGCGAGAACGUUGCUCCGACCAAACUCCCCUACUGGCGAUUAGUUACCGACCAAGCGGGUAUCACUCCAGAGGUAGCCAACUACGCAUAUACUGGCUCUGGCACUGAAGAAGAUCCAUUCUUGGUGCAAUGGAUUGAUAACGACCCUCGGAAUCCUAUGCUUUUCAGCCGGCGGAAAAAAUGGUUCAUCACGAUGAUGGUAUCGCUUACAACAUUGGCAGUCGCCCUUCUCUCUUCUGCCUACACUGGAGGCAUCCGAGAAAUAAUUCAGGAGUUUGGGAUAUCUCAAAUAGUGGCUACCCUUGGCGUAUCGCUUUUUGUGCUCGGAUUUGCGAUAGGACCACUCCUAUGGGCUCCUCUGAGCGAGCUUUUUGGGCGCCAGUCGCUUUUCUUUGGCACAUACGCAGUGUUGACCGCGUUCAAUGCAGGCUGUGCCGGGGCAAACAAUGCCCAUACCCUGAUCAUCCUUCGCUUCUUUGCGGGCGCUUUCGGUUCAUCUCCCCUCGCCAACUCGGGUGGUGUCAUCGCAGAUAUGUUCCCAGCAGCUGAGAGAGGACUGGCCAUGGCAUUGUUUGCAGCCGCGCCCUUCCUCGGCCCUGUCUUAGGACCCAUCAUCGGCGGAUUUCUGGGAGCGGCAGCCGGAUGGCGCUGGGUUAUGGGGUUUCUGGCGGCCUUUUCCGGAACUCUCUGGCUUCUCGGAGCGGCACUUGUUCCUGAAACCUACGCUCCGUAUUUGCUACGAAAGCGAGCAGCUAAACUUUCCAAGAUGACGGGCAAGUGCUACGUAAGCAAGAUGGAACAUGAACAGGGCCGAGUAAGCCUGGCGGAGUCGUUCAAGACGGCGUUGCUACGACCUUGGAUUUUGCUGUUCCGUGAGCCCAUCGUCCUACUUCUAUCGAUCUACAUGGCCAUCAUAUAUGGAACGCUCUACAUGCUUUUUGCAGCCUUUCCCAUUGUUUACCAGCAGGAGCGAGGCUGGUCUCAAGGUAUUGGAGGCUUGGCGUUUCUAGGAAUCAUGGUAGGAAUGAUCUUUGCCAUCAUUUAUACGAUACCUGAAAACGGACGGUAUCAGCGAGUACAAGCAAACAACAAUGGCUAUGCACCCCCGGAAGCCCGACUUCCCCCAGCAACGGUUGGGUGCAUUGCAGUGCCUAUUGGUCUUUUCUGGUUCGCCUGGACAAAUCAAACGUCAAUCCACUGGAUGGUCAGUAUCGCGGCUGGCGUUCCUUUUGGUUUCGGAAUGGUCCUCUUGUUCUUGAGCAUCAUGAACUACUUGAUUGAUGCCUAUACCAUCUUUGCAGCGUCUGUUCUCGCUGCCAACUCAGUCAUUCGCAGUUUAUUCGGAGCUGCAUUUCCUUUGUUCACGUCAUACAUGUACCAGAAUCUUGGCAACAACUGGGCGUCCUCGGUCCCGGCUUUCCUGGCGCUUGCAUGCGUGCCCUUUCCUUUCCUCUUCUACAAGUAUGGGCAUGCGAUCCGCUCUCGGUGCAAGUUUGCCGCACAGUCCGAAGCAUUCAUGGCCCGACUUCGCGAAGGUGGAUCUUCAGCCACUGAGGACAAGGAGGUCAAGGAAACUGGACCAACCGAAGCUGCAAACGACACUACCGAUUCCGAAAGAGUACCAGAUGAAUCUGCCUAUGCAAGUCCUCAUGGGCAACGGCCUCGUACUAUGAGUGGUGGCACGAUGGUAUCUACACAUCGCAAUUCUUACGACGGCAACCCAUACGACAUUGACAGAGUCAACACUAGGGAGUCAUUUGUAGCAAAAUGA